UCGGCUCUGCGUGCCCGGGGAGUCAGUACCAAAUGAGGAGGAAAGGACGAUGUCAUCGCGGCGCUGCAGCGAGGCACCCUUCCUCCCCGUGCAGUACUAAGCACUCCCCCACGCGAGAGACCCUGACCUACGCCCAAGCCCAGAGGAUGGUGGAGAUCGAGAUCGAGGGGCGCCUGCAUAGGAUCAGCAUUUUUGAUCCCCUGGAGAUCAUAUUAGAAGAUGACCUCACCGCUCAAGAACUGAGCGAGUGCAACAGCAAUAAGGAGAACAGCGAGAGGCCGCCAGUGUGCUUACGAACUAAGCGCCACAAAAACAACAGAGUCAAAAAGAAACAUGAAGCCCUCCCCAGUGCCCACGGCCCGCUGGCGUCGGCCAGCGCGCUUCCCGAGCCCAAGGUGCGGAUCGUGGAGUACAGCCCGCCCUCCGCCCCCAGGCGGCCCCCCGUGUACUAUAAGUUCAUCGAGAAGUCAGCUGAGGAGUUGGACAACGAGGUGGAGUACGACAUGGACGAGGAGGACUACGCCUGGCUGGAGAUUGUCAACGAGAAGCGGAAGGGCGACUGCGUCUCGGCCGUGUCCCAGAGCGUGUUUGAGUUCUUGAUGGACCGCUUUGAGAAGGAGUCCUACUGCGAGAACCAGAAGCAGGGAGAGCAGCAGUCCCUGAUCGACGAGGACGCCGUGUGCUGCAUCUGCAUGGACGGCGAGUGCCAGAACAGCAACGUGAUCCUGUUCUGCGACAUGUGCAACCUGGCCGUGCACCAGGAGUGCUAUGGGGUGCCCUACAUCCCCGAGGGCCAGUGGUUGUGCCGACACUGCCUGCAGUCCCGGGCGCGGCCUGCCGACUGUGUGCUCUGCCCCAACAAGGGAGGUGCCUUCAAAAAGACAGACGACGACCGCUGGGGCCACGUGGUGUGCGCCCUGUGGAUCCCGGAGGUGGGCUUUGCCAACACGGUGUUCAUCGAGCCCAUCGACGGUGUGAGGAACAUCCCCCCGGCCCGGUGGAAACUGACAUGCUACCUCUGUAAGCAGAAGGGCGUGGGGGCCUGCAUCCAGUGCCACAAGGCCAACUGCUACACCGCCUUCCACGUGACCUGCGCCCAGAAGGCUGGCCUCUACAUGAAGAUGGAGCCCGUGAAGGAGCUCACCGGAGGUGCUACCACCUUCUCCGUCAGGAAGACCGCUUACUGUGACGUCCACACGCCCCCGGGCUGUACGCGGAGGCCCCUGAACAUAUACGGGGAGGUCGAAAUGAAGAACGGCGUCUGUCGAAAGGACAGCUCCGUCAAAGCGGUGAGGUCCACGUCCAAGGUCAGGAAGAAAGCAAAAAAGGCCAAGAAGACCCUGAGUGAGCCCUGCGCGGCCCUGCCGCCUGUGUGUGCGCCCUACAUCCCCCCUCAGAGAUUAAAUAGGAUUGCGAACCAGGUGGCCAUCCAGCGGAAGAAGCAGUUUGUGGAGAGAGCGCACAGCUACUGGCUGCUCAAACGGCUGUCGAGGAACGGCGCCCCCCUGCUGCGCAGACUCCAGUCUAGCCUGCAGUCCCAGCGGAGCACGCAGCAGAGAGAAAACGAUGAGGAGAUUCAAGCUGCCAAAGAGAAGCUGAAGUAUUGGCAGCGGCUGCGGCAUGACUUGGAGCGCGCGCGUCUGCUCAUCGAGCUCCUGCGCAAGCGAGAGAAGCUCAAGCGGGAGCAGGUGAAGGUGGAGCAGAUGGCCUUGGAGCUGCGGCUGACCCCGCUCACGGUGCUGCUGCGCUCCGUCCUGGACCAGCUGCAGGAGAAGGACCCGGCUCGGAUCUUUGCGCAGCCGGUGAGCCUGAAGGAGGUACCAGAUUAUUUGGAUCACAUUAAACAUCCCAUGGACUUUGCCACAAUGAGGAAACGGUUAGAAGCUCAAGGGUAUAGACACCUCACUGAGUUUGAGGAGGAUUUUAAUCUCAUUGUAGAUAACUGCAUGAAGUACAACGCCAAGGACACGGUGUUUUAUAGAGCCGCCGUGAGGCUGCGCGAUCAGGGCGGUGUCGUUCUGAGGCAGGCCAGGCGCCAGGCGGACAGCAUCGGCUUCGAGGAGGCCUCGGGGAUGCACCUGCCUGAGCGGCCUGCGGCGGCCCCCCGGCGGCCUUUCUCCUGGGACGACGUGGACAGGUUGCUGAACCCAGCCAACAGGGCCCACAUGGUCCUGGAGGAGCAGCUGAGAGAGCUGCUGGACAAACUGGACCUCACGUGUGCCAUGAAGUCCAGCGGGUCUCGGAGCAAGCGGGCCAAGCUCCUGAAAAAGGAGAUUGCUGUCCUUCGAAACAAACUGAGCCAGCAGCACAGCCAGCCCCCGCCUGCGGAAUCAGGUAUUGGAAGCUUUGAAGAGGAAGGUGCUCAGCUGGGGCAGGAGACGGGGGAGGAAGGAGAUAAAUCUCCCCCUAAACUUGAACCAUCAGAUGCAUUACCUCUUCCUUCAAACUCGGAGACUAAUUCAGAACCACCAACCCUCAAACCAGUAGAACUCAACCCAGAGCAGAGUAAACUAUUCAAAAGAGUCACAUUUGAUAAUGAAUCACAUAGCACUUGCACUCAGAGCGCACUGGUAAUCGGACACCCUCCAGAGCCCACCCUCGCCAGUAGUGGCGAUGCGCCGGCGGCGGCGGCCUCCGCGGUGGCGGAGCCAGCAAGCGAUGUAAACAGACGCACUUCUGUUCUCUUCUGCAAAUCGAAAAGUUCCUUCCGAGGUUGGAGACUCUUCUGCAGCCAAGAAAAAGGUCGCGGAGCACCUGCGGCGACUCUGAGGUGGAGGAGGGGUCCCCGGGAAAGCGCCUGGACACAGAGUGGCAGUAGAUACGGUGGAUGCAUGACGAGCCCCGACGCCGCCCGGGGCGGCCCGGGAGUCCUGGUAGCGCCGGGACCUGCUCAGCACCCAGGCAGGGGGCCCGGCGCCCCCUCUGGCUCCACCUCAGCCUGGCUCCCGGCGCUCUCCGCACGCCCUGGAUCGCUCGCCCGAGGGCGGGCUCGCCUCUGAGGACUCGAACUAUUCUCAGCCUUCGCUUUUCCCAAAGAUUCAUCUGCGUGCUCUGCCUUGUAGGGGUUUUCCUGGGUCACACCGCCCGCUCCAAGGCUCCCACGUACCCGUUCACGUGGAGACGCUCGGCCGCGGGCCUCCCUGCUCCGAGCUGCGGGUCGCGGCGGGCCGGGGUCAGGGCCCCGAGGCGCUCUGUCCUCUCGCUUCGUCCUCCGCGACGCUCACUGUUCCCGGCACGAGCAGCUCCUGGCCUCUGCUCUUGCAACGCCCGCUGCGUGCGCGUGAGAGACACAGAGACACAGAGAGAGAUAGUGAGAGACACAGAGAUGCAGAGAGACAGAGACAGAGAUAGAAAUGCAGAGAGAGACAGAGAUACAGAGAGAGACAGAUGUAGACUGAAAGAAAAACAGAGACAGACUGAUUGUGAGAGACAGAGACAAGGUAACAGAGAGAGACCCAAGAGAUAGACAGGGAGGCAGAGACAGAGUGAGAGAGAUAGACACAGAGACUGAGAGAUGGAGAGAGAGAGAAACCCACAAAGAGACCCAGAGACAGAGUGAGAGACCGAGAAAGACAGACUGAGAGGGGGCCGUGUCCAUCCUCAAGCUCAGGUUGGAGGCCGGUCUGGCCCCCCAGUCAGACUAAAUGGCUUUUUCGCUGUUUUCCAGGUUCUCAGUGUAACUACUAACAUGCUGGGUGGUUCGGUCUUUGGAUCCUAACUCUUUUCUCUUGCUCGACUUGGAUUGGAGCUCUGCUAAGCGCUGGCUUUGGAACGCAGAAAGAUCACUGCAUCCCUGGGGUUCACGUAAUUCUUGUGGAGGACGCUGCAAACGUCGUUCAGUCAUCUUCCAAACCCCCCCCCCCCAGCCCACGGAGGAUCGGCGCAGGUGCUGGACGGCCGCCUGCUGCCCCUCCCCGAGCUGGCCGAGCUGGCCGCCGCUGGCAGGGAUGACUCCUCCGCCCACCCCGACCCCGUGGGUAGGUGUGAACGAUGCCGAGGGCGGCCUUAGAGCCUGCGGCGCCUCCAGCGACGUGGAUGGAGAUUCCGAUCCUGCCUUCAGCAGGCACAGAACUGGGCUGAAGGGACCAGCGGUUGUGGGUCGGGCGCGGGCACAGCUGGAAGAUGCGCGAACGCCUCUGCCUCCCCUCGCUUGUUGCCUCUUUCUUUCAUGGGUUUCUGGCUGGUGUCCCUUCUCCCCUUCUCCUUCCCUUACUUCCUGCCGUGCCCAGAGGGCAGCUCUGUCUCUGGUCACCAUGCGGAAUGUCGGCAGGAGCGGGAAUCCCACCCGGGGGCCUGGAGGCGGCCCCUCCGUGUCAGCCUUCCCCGUCACCACCGCUUCGAGGAGCCGGCCUAGGCAACAGCAGCAGGGUCCUGGGAUCCUGCUUACUGUGUUUUUAUGGAAAGGUUGAAAAAUCACCCCCAAAAUGCAAUUUUAUUGCCAACAGGACAAAUAAAAACAUGUAAACAAAAAGAACGGGUGGCCCUAGCACUUGAGGCUGAGUGCAGUCACUGUGCCCAGCAGCCUCUGAAGCUGGUCCCACGUCACGCUGCGGAUGGUCAACCUGGGGAGCCAGGCAGCAGCCUGGGCAGGGGCAGGCAGAGCACUGGCGUCCACCCGUGUGGCCCGUGGGGGGGUGGGGAGCUGGCCCACUGUGCUUGCUCAGCCACUUGCAGGCGCCAGGCCGAAGCUGCACCCCAGGGGAGCACCGGGUGUCCCGCUGGCUGGUGGGUUCACAGUGGAGCUCGCGGCUCAGGAAGCUUCUGGGGUGCUUUGCCUCGCCACUGCUGACCGGCCCUCCCGGGAGGCCCCUUGAACACCCUCCCCACCAGGCUCUCGUGCACCCGGGGUGUCGCGCCUGUGGAGGCAGAGAUGGGGGCUAGAGUCCUGGGUGCCUCCCGCUGGAGGGUGCCUGCCUUUUCCACGUGGCCACCUUGUGUUUUGCAUGUUGCGGCGAGCAGACCUAACUUCCAGUGUUGACAAAACGUCUUCUCUCUGAAGUAGUUGCCGAGGGCUCUUGUGUGCAUGGUUUUUGCUAGGAGUUCAGGUGCCUGAUGGACGCGUGCCGUUUGCGAGGGGCUCGCGGGGUCCCUCUCUGUACAGACCCCAAACCUGGUGUCCCAGCAGGUCCUUGCAGGUGUCUCGGGCAGGGCGGGUGGGCUCCAUGGGCCACAGCAGCCGGUGGGCCCGCUGGGGAGGGCGCGGAGGGGCUGUGGGUGCGCAGGCUGGAGCCCUGGGCCCGGCGGUCUCCUGCUGGUGGGCUGGUCUGUCGUGCGUGCGAGUCCGUAGGCGUUGGGUGACAUUUCCUGGGUAAUAGAUGGGCGUGGGUCUUCUAAGUCCCCAGGGAGGUCGACGGAGACAAGCUCGCUCCUUUCUCAGCGCCCCACAUUUUCGUCCUUCCUCCUAGCGUCACUUGGAGAGCACGGCUUCGGUGGGCGGCCUGGCUGUGUGUUUUGGGGCCGCGGGGGCCGCGUUUCCUUCCUGGAUGCGUGUGCACAGGCGGUGGGGCUGUGUGCCUUCUGCCCGGGACGCUCUGGGAUGGGCGCCGUGUGCUCUGUGCUUGCUUCUCCGAGCAUCAUAGCCCGGUUGCCGGGCAAGGCGCAGCGCCUGGAGGUCGAGGUGGGCAGGUGCCCGCGUGAGGCCAUCCAGGGGCGCAGCCAGCUCCACGCAGGCCCUGCACCGAGCGGCUUUGUGGCGGCACGACCUUGUGGCUUGGACUGUUGCCACAGGGCCAGUCGGAUGAUGUCCUAGGGCUUCCCCUGAGGGCGCAGGCGGUGGCCUGGUGGCCUCACUGCUGGGUCCUGGACGCGUACCUGUGGGACUGUGGCCCCUUCUCAGAACUGGGUCCUCCGUCCUUCUGUCCUUUGGGCUGGGUGGGGCCGGCUGUCUCUGAGUUGCGGUCUCUGCUGCCUUCGGUGCCUCCUGGGACCUGAUGGCUUUGGGGUCCCUGGGUGCUGCUGCCGCCCUGACCUGCUGGCCGGUGGUCUCGACCCCUCGGCGGCGGGACGCGAUGGAGCCACUGACACCCGGAUGCUGUCACCGCAGCUGUGGCUGUGACGCGGGGGUUCCGUCCACAGUGAAAAUACCCAGUUUCUCUUUAGAGCCAGUGGUGCCGAGUCCCUCAGAAACAGGGCCCGAUGUCUCAUGAACAGAGUUGAGAACGUGUGGUCUCACUUUGCGGGCUGGGCGGCACAGCCACCCGCCCUGUGUGCGUUCAUGUCGUAGCCGCCAGCGUCCUCCCCGCGCUCGCGUAAUGUGGCUCUGCCGCUGAGAAAACACGACGUGUUAAAGCGGGUGAGGGAGCCCUGUAGUCUGGGCCGCUCCUCCAGACGCACUUGUAAAGAACCCGGUUGAGUAUUUUUUUAAGCGCGGGAUUGAGAUUCUUUCUGGGAAGAAAAACGGGACCGACUCUGCAGCCGUUGCACCGAGAGGGGGCAGCGUGGCCCGUCCUGUCGUGGCGUCAGGGACGUUGGGCUUCAGGAGAGGAGUCUGGCUCAGAGAGUUGCUGUGAUUGUAGAUGAAUUGUGUUUUGUUCUUGAAAACCUGAGAGCCGCCACCCCUGGUGGCUUCUGGCCGCCCCGGCCGUGUGUGCCGUGCCCGUGGUUCGGGGCUGGGGCCUGGGCUGCAGAGCCUGUGUUCUGGUUUCAAGCAUCUCGAGUGUUUCUGAGGUGCAUGCGUUUCCUGCGACCUCAGCCCCACGGAGGCUCCCACGUGCGGCCCCGUUCCCGGCGAGGGGUCUCAUCCCGAGGACUUGGUCCCAGGGCAGGGGCUUCGGGCGCGCAGACCCUUUGAUCUGGGAGGGAGGAGCUGGGUGCCCCAGGCUUUGCCUUGGGGAGCUGGUUCAGUUGCUUUUCCAAGGGAGGCACUUUGCUGAGCCCCGUGCCGGGGAGGAGCUGCUGGUGCUGGUGCCCUCGUGUCCCUUGGGAAGCGCUGCCGUGUGUCCCGCGUCGUGGGCGCUGCGGGGGUGGGGGCGCGGGCAUGGCCUCGGAUAGGGACGGCUCUGCUGCAGUGCAGGACUGAGGGGUCUGUGUGCCUGUGUCGCAGGUCUCACCAAUGGCUUUGGGGGCGCACGGAGUGAGCAGGAGCUGGGUGGCACCCCUGGAAGGAGAGCUGCGCCCCGACGACGCUGCGCCUCG